AUGGCUUCAACAUGUUUUCUAUUUCUACUGGUUAUCGUUUCCGUCGUCAAUUGCCUCUGGCAGCCAACCCCUUCGACUACUUGGACAUGGCAAUUACAGGGUACGAUCAACACAGGAAAAAACGUCGCCGUGUAUGACAUCGACCUGUUUGACGCACCUGUGAACACGAUCAAUCAGCUGAAGGCAGCGGGCAAGAAAAUCAUCUGUUAUUUCAGCGCCGGAUCCUAUGAAGAAUGGCGUUCAGAUGCAAAUACAUUUCCUGCUUCUGUGAAAGGCAAGAACCUAGACGGCUGGCCUGGUGAACGGUGGUUGGACAUUCGACAAAUACAAACUCUAGGUCCAAUUAUGAGUGCUCGCUUAGAUUUAGCCAAGCAGAAAGGAUGUGAUUGCGUCGAACCGGACAAUGUUGAUGCCUAUACGUAUGGAACUAGUGGAACCGGGUUCCCGCUUAGCUAUGAUGAUCAGCGCAAAUAUAACAUCUGGUUAUCACAAAGAGCUCAUGAACGAAAUCUUUGUAUUGCACUAAAAAAUGACCUCAGUCAAAUUGGAGAUCUACUCCAAUAUUUUGACUGCGCAGUCAAUGAACAAUGUUGGCAAUACAAAGAAUGUGACAAACUGUUACCAUUCAUCAACGCCAACAAAGCGGUUUUCAACUGCGAAUAUGGCACUAAGCCAAACUGUACACAAGCAAUUCAAAAGAAAAUCAGUUCUAUUCAAGCAACACUAGAUCUCGACGGAACAAAUAUGAAAAUGUGCAAUGCACAAGGACAACUCGUAUCAUUUUGA